CAUUCUUUCUAAAUAGACAAGAAACUACAAUUACAUUGAGGCGCGAGGAACAGGUUUAGUAACAGUGCCUUAUCUUAAAGCGACAACCAAGGUUGAGAGAGGUUGGAAGCAGGGAGCAGCAGGACUUAAGGUCACCACAAGCUCUUCAUCCAAUCAACAACCGGAUAGAACCAAGACCCCACCCUUCAUUUUUGCUUUUUUUUUUCGAUAAUCUGUUGCACUUUGGAUGUACAGCACAAUACAAAAGAAAGAUCUUUCGCUACUUCCGUCUCUUUGUGACUUUAAUGCCUGGAUUUGGCGGCCGGAAGGAAGGAGCAGCGUGGCAUCCCUCUCCUCCUCUCAUGUCCCCUCCCUGUGUGUCUUUGCAUGUCAGUGUCCCCUCGUCAUCCCCCCUGUGUCUCACCCCACCAGCCCUCUGUGUUCCUCCCCCUCAUGCUUGGGACAGACUGGCCUCACUGUCAGACCAAUGACUGCCUGGAUAAUACUGCCUGUCAGCCUGGCUGCCUUUUCUAUCACUGGGAUAUGGAUAGUAUAUGCUAUGGCUGUAAUGAACCACCAUGUUUGUCCUGUUGAGAACUGGUCGUACAAUGUGACAUGCACAGAGGAAACAGCCAAGCCGGGCUUCCCGAAAACAUGCUGCACCAUUCAAGACAUCCCCCUCAUCAGUAAAUGUGGAUCUUACCCUCCCGAGAGCUGUCUUUUCAGUCUCGUUGGUAAUGUGGGAGCUUUCAUGGUCGUGUUGGUGUGUAUGCUACGGUAUGCUCAGAUCAUUGAGCACAGGAACCACUGUUGGCUCAACACUAGUGGACUUGUGUCUGGAUGCACCAAUGCUGUUGGACUGGUCAUGGUGGGCAACUUCCAGGUGGACCAUGCUAAAACACUACACUAUGUAGGAGCGGGUGCUGCCUUCCCAGCAGGCAUUCUGUUCGUGUGUUUGCAGUGUUUGCUGACCUACCGGGUGGCUGUCACCGCUCUGGACUACUGGAUGGCUCAUGUGCGUGUGGCACUGGCUUCUGGUGCUCUCAUCACACUGGUUCUCAGUGGGAUAUUCUUCAUCCAUGAGAGCUUUGUCUUACAACACGCAGCGGCCAUCUGUGAGUGGGUCUUCACUGUAGUCAUCCUCGUGUUCUACGGGACUUUCACCUACGAGUUUGGCACGGUCACAACUGAGACCAUGUUGGCCGGCCUCCAGCGGAACCUCUCGCACGGGCCCGGUAUUAUGAUCGGAGACGACAUCCAAGCAGACUCCCUGGGAGGCACCACCACAAAGGGUUUGAAAUCUCCAGGUGGAAGCAGCACCUCCACCCAUCUGAACUGCACUCAUGAGAACGUGGCAAUGCUUUAAACACAUCAGCACAAACGCAGUCACAUACUGCCAGGUGGAAAGCCUCACAACGGUGCAUCCUACAUUUAAAACCACACUUGAGCUGAGAUUGAAGUGAUUUGGAGGAACAGCCCGGUCUGAUUCGAGGCAGGUUCAGAGUUGAACGGGUUUACGAGUGUGACUGAUGUAUACUACAGUUUCAGUUUUAGACCUUGUCUGAUAGAUUUGUCUUUUUGCGUCCUGUUUUGCCUUGCGAUAAGCUUCUGUUGGGUUGUAUGUGGAUGAAAAAUAGUUUUUUUUUUUAUUAUUAUUUAUUUAUUUUUACAAAAGAACAGGGAUUUUAGAUCCACUUUAAGGUUGUUGUUAGCACAGAUCCAGUGGUUUGUGAGGUCACUUUACUGUUGCUUGAACUGUUUCACUGGGCGAUGGGGUAAAUCUUUACGGUCACGAUGCACAAAUGUUUCAGGGGUAUCUCUUUUAGAGCUUGUUACUGUUUGCCCACACUUACAAUUGCAAAUGGACGAUUUGCAGGUAACACUAUGAAUGAACUUGUAGAUUUAAGUUCUUUUCACUUUUUUGGGACUGCAGACUAUCAGGAUCCGAGUAUUAUAUUAUUUUUGUAAUGUGAAUGUCUAAAAUAUGAAUUGAACUAUAGCCUUUGAGCACCUAUUAUUUUGGAGUAAGAAGAAAGAUAUAUUAGAAUUGAAAUCUCAUUUAGAAUAUUAAGUCUCAUUCACCCAUUUUUUGUAAAGGUGGCCUUUUUAAUGAUGCAGUGGGUGAGAUAAAAGUUUUGUCAUGCUGGCUUGCUUCUGUCCUGUUUCAUUCUUGUUUUUACACCCUGACAAUUUGGGUUUUGUAUUAUUCUUUAGAUCAGGAGGAAGGGAUGUAAGGUGACACACGCUCUAACCUUGCCUCCUUGUCAGUUGAUAAGUUGUAGAAUAAGUAUAUUCACAUUGACUGUACCUGUAACUUUUUAUAGAUAUUUUUUUUUUCUGUCAAGGGCCAUAAAAACCACUCCAAAAAUGCCGCAUCCAUUCAACGUUUUACAUUAUUUUACCUGCAUAUCUUUGUUGAUUGUUUUGUGAUAUUUUUUUACAUAAUCGCUUUUUUUCUGUUGCCAAAGGAUGUAGUUAAUUUGCUAAAUAUGUACUGUAUGCCUUUGAUUCUUUAACUCUCCUUGUUUAGUGUGUGUGUGAGAGAGGACACACAGCCACUGAGAAAAUGACUACUGCGAUGUUAACAAGUUUUGAAACCGUUUUAUGAAUGAAACCUAGGCUGGAACCUAGGAAACCGCAUUCAAACUUUCUGAGGGUUGAGUGGUUAUGGUGGCCUUAAUGUUGCUGUAGUAUUUGUGUGUUUUUUAAUUCAGGCUGUCAAGCAAAGGGUCUGUAUUGCUUUUAAAGUGACUUCAAAUUUAUAGUGCUUUAACAUUUCAAUUUCACACAGACAUGUGCCAGUUACUCUUGUUUAUUUGCUGUUUUUCUAUGGGACAGAACGGUUUCCUGCCAAUGAAUAGACCGUAAAUUUAGAUGUGGUCUCUAGGCAUCAUACAUGUUUGUCUCUGUUGACUCCUCUAUUAUUGGAGCGCCCAUUUAAAUUGUUUCCACUUCUCAUUCAAGGGAAUAUUUGCAGGGCUGCACUGUACAACUCAAACCAUCCAUUAAAUUUAGUUUUAAAGGUUUUUUUUAUUGCUACCUCCUUUAUUGCCAUUUAUUAGUUGCUCAUAACAAAAUACAUUCAACUCAAACCAAACUGCAUAUAGAUGUAAAGUGACAUAACAGAUAAAAUUGUGAAAAGUGCAUAAAUUCUUUGCUAGUAUAAAGCAUGUGCAUAUGAACCUAAAGUCAAUGCUGAUUUUUUUGUCAGUGCAUAUAGUCCAUGUAGAAGUCAUUUAUAGGUCACCUAAGAGCAAAGGUUUGUGCAAGGAUUGUUAACGGAUUAUUUCUUAGUUCUGUUACAGUUUGAACUGUAUUGUAUAUUGAAUGCAUUAGGCUUGGUCAAAGACUUUAAAGUCACAACGGAAAUGUUUUCAUUGAAUUUUGUUGCCAACUUUUGCAAAACCGAGGACUAUCUGAAUCUCCUCACAUGAAAAUGAUUUAAAUCUAAUGUUUUGGGUUGACGAUGUUUCUUUCUCGAUGUUACAUGAUUUUCAGCUGUUGUCUGGAUAGAAGUUAUUUUUCUGAUGCCUUUAAAUGAUGUAAUCAAAGUAUUUUUUAUCAACACAUUGCAUCUGUGAAGAACACAACAAAGACGUGAGGUUCACACUCCAAAAUCGAAACAAAAACAAUGCAGAGAUUAUCUUUAUUUUAUGAAUUACUUAUGUAAAUAAGUAAGAUUUAUGUAUAAUUUCAACGAUCUUCUUUGACAGAGAUUUAUAUUGAAUUACCAAAACAUCCAAUGGAUAAUAAACAGGUUUAUCUGUA